CAUGCUCGGCAGGGGCGCGGCGGCUCCUAGUGCGCAUGCUCGGGGGGCGAGGAGGCCCGGAGCGGAGCGGAGGGAUGGAGGCGGAGGAGCUGGUCCUGGCGCUGCAGCUGCAGGAGGAGUGGGACGCGCGGGCCCCCGCGCCCCCCGCCCCGGCCCCGCUCUCCCUGGUGGACGCCUCCUGGGAGCUGCUCGACCCCACCCCGGACCUGCGCGCCCUCUUCCUCCUCUUCAACGACCGCUACUUCUGGGGCCGGCUGGAGGCCGUGGAGGUCAAAUGGAGCCUGCGGAUGACCCUGUGCGCCGGCGUGUGCAGCUACGAAGGGCGGGGAGGGAUGUGCUCCAUCCGGCUGAGCGAACCCCUGCUGAAGCUGCGCCCCAGGAAGGAUCUGGUGGAGACGCUCCUGCACGAAAUGAUCCACGCGUAUUUAUUCGUCACCCACAACAACAAGGAUCGGGAAGGCCACGGCCCCGAGUUCUGUAAGCACAUGCACCGCAUCAACCGCCUGACCGGGGCCAACGUGACGAUCUACCACAGCUUCCACGACGAGGUGGACCAGUACCGCCAGCACUGGUGGCGCUGCGACGGGCCCUGUCGCAACCGGAACCCGUACUUCGGCUACGUCAAGCGGGCCACCAACCGGGCGCCCUCGGCCCAGGACUUCUGGUGGGAGGAGCAUCGGCGCACCUGCGGAGGCAGCUACGUGAAGAUCAAGGAGCCCGAAGGCUACGCCCAGAAGAGCAAGGCCAAGACCAGAGCGCCAGAGCAGCCGCCCGCUCCCAGCGGGGCUGGAGGCACACCGAGUCCCCACGUCGGUGGCUCCCGGCCCGUGACCCCUUUCAGCGGGAAGGGCUACCUCCUGGGGGGGUCCAGCGGCGCUCCCCGCCCGAUGUCGGCCUGGCCGGGGACCGGAGGGCUCGGGGGCCCCGAGCCGGCCGGCCCCCGCGCGCCCCGCUCUGGCGCGCCCCGGCCCGGUGGCCGGCAGACCGUCCUGAACUUCCCCAGGGUCUCCGUCGCCGACCGGCAAACCUUCUGUAAUGUCGACGGGUCUCCUCGCAAAGUCCCCACUGGAGUCGCCCGGGGCAGUGGCAGCACCGGAGACGGGCUCCCGCCGAAGCGCCCCAGGCUGGAAGACAGAGCCGCUUUCGCCAACUAUUUCACGAAGAAAACGCCGCCCUCCAGCCCGGCUGGGCAUGGCGGCGCCCAGCCGGUACCCCUCCCGGCCCCGGCUCCGACUGUCCGCUGCCCGGUCUGCCAGACGCAGCUGCCGGAGUCUCAGAUUAACACUCACCUGGACUCCUGCCUCACGGGAUGACCAAGCCGGUCCCUGGCCCCCGAGACCUCGGCCGGGGGGAAAGCCCGUGUGAUCCGGACACCUCACCGGCCCCGCGCCCAGGCCCUCCCCACCCCCGGACCUCCGGACUCUGAUUUUAGCCCCCAGGGGCCACGGGAGGAAAGCCCCGGCCCCAGGCUUCUCUCCGAGAGAACUCGCCAGUCGAGUCUUCCCAGGCAGGAGCGUCUGAAACGCGCUCAGUGCUCCCUUCCCCGGGUGACCGGGACACCGGACCCUCCUUCGACUCUCUGGGGAGAAGCCAGUUUUAAAGGCAGGCUGGGAUUUUAAGCUUUUUUAAUGCUUAGAGAGUUCAUUAAAGUUUACAUGUGGCUUCGUCGA